CCAGCAAAAAUCAUAUUCUUUAAGGACUUGCUCUGGAACAUUUAAAUCAGUCAUCACUGCAUCUUUUCAAUAUACAAGGAGAUAAUCUUUGGAGAGGCAGGAUGCUGUGGAGGCUGAUCCUGCUGGGUGUGUGGGUUGUCUCCAGGACUCAAGCUGGUGACCUGGAUGAGGACACAUCCUUCGACCUUUUCAGCUCCAGCAACAUAAACAGAAAGACUAUAGGUGCCAAGCAGUUUCGAGGGCCUGACCCCACGGUGCCAGCUUAUCGCUUUGUCCGCUUUGACUACAUCCCUCCCGUGACCGCAGAUGACCUCAGCAGGAUCAUCAAGAAAAUGCAGCAGAAAGAAGGCUUCUUUCUCACGGCCACGCUGAAGCAGGACCGGAAGUCGAGGGGCACCCUCCUGGCUUUGGAGGGCCCGGGCAUCUCCCAGAGGCAAUUCGAGCUUGUCUCCAAUGGUCCAGCGGACACCCUGGACCUCACCUACUGGGUAGAUGGCUUCCAGCACGUCGUCUCCCUUGAGGACGUGGGCCUGGCCGACUCCCAGUGGAAGAACAUCACGGUGCAAGUGACAGGCGAGACCUACAGCCUGUACGUGGGCUGCGACCUGAUUGACAGCUUCACCCUGGACGAGCCCUUCUAUGAGCGCCUGAAAACCGAGAAGAGCAGGAUGUACGUGGCUAAAGGGUCUACUCGGGAGAAUCACUUCAGGGGCUUACUUCAGAAUUUUUACUUAGUCUUUGAAAAUUCUGUGGAAGAUAUUCUAAGCAAGAAGGGUUGCCAGCAAGGCCAGGAAACUGAAGUCAACUCCAUCAAUGAAAACACAGAGACACUCCAUCUCAGCCCUCAUGUGACCACAGAGUACGUUGGCCAAAGCACGGAGAAAAAGCCUGAAGUGUGUGAACGCUCCUGCGAAGAGCUGGGCAAGAUGAUCAACGAACUCUCCGGACUCCACGUCAUUGUGAACCAGCUCAGUGAAAACCUCAACAAAGUGUCCAAUGACAACCAGUUUCUCUGGGAGCUCAUUGGUGGCCGCCCGAAGAUGAAGAAUAUGUCAGUAUGUUGGCAGGAUGGCCGGUUCUUUGCGGACAAUGAAACCUGGGUGGUAGACAGCUGUACCACCUGCACCUGCAAGAAAUUUAAAACUGUUUGCCACCAAAUAACUUGCCCACCAGUGACUUGUGCCAACCCAUCCUUUGCUGAAGGUGAAUGUUGCCCUUCCUGUGUCCAUGACAUGGACAGUGAAGAAGGCUGGUCUCCUUGGGCAGAGUGGACCGAGUGCUCCGUCACCUGUGGCUCGGGGACCCAGCAGAGGGGCCGGUCCUGUGAUGUCACCAGCAACACCUGCCUGGGACCCUCCAUCCAGACGAGAGUGUGCAGCCUUGGAAAAUGCGACCACCGCAUCCGGCAGAAUGGCGGCUGGAGCCACUGGUCCCCAUGGUCUUCCUGUUCAGUGACCUGUGGAACGGGCAACAUCACGCGUAUCCGUCUCUGCAAUUCGCCGGUUCCGCAGAUGGGGGGGAAGAACUGCAAAGGAAGUGGACGGGAAACAAAGCCUUGCCAGGGCGCCCCGUGUCCCAUUGACGGUCGCUGGAGCCCCUGGUCCCCAUGGUCAGCCUGCCCAGUUACUUGUGCUGGAGGGAUUCGGGAGCGAACGCGGGUCUGCAACAGCCCAGAGCCCCAGUAUGGAGGAAAGGACUGUGUGGGCGAUGUCAAGGAACACCAGAUGUGCAACAAAAGGAGCUGCCCAGUUGACGGCUGUUUAUCCAACCCCUGCUUUCCUGGCGCCCAGUGCAACAGCUUCCCGGAUGGCUCGUGGUCCUGCGGCUCGUGUCCAGUUGGCUUCCUUGGCAACGGCACCCACUGUGAGGAUUUGGACGAGUGCGCCGUGGUCACAGAUGUCUGCUUCUCCACCAACAAGGCUCACCGCUGUGUGAACACAAACCCCGGCUUCCACUGCCUGCCGUGUCCCCCACGCUACAAAGGGGGCCAGCCUUUCGGGGUUGGCCUGGAGGCGGCCAGAACAGAAAAGCAAGUGUGUGAACCUGAAAACCCGUGCAAAGACAUGACUCACAACUGCCACAAGCAUGCAGAAUGCAUCUACUUGGGCCACUUCAGCGACCCCAUGUACAAGUGUGAGUGUCAGACUGGGUAUGCCGGCGACGGGCUCAUCUGCGGGGAAGACUCUGAUCUGGACGGCUGGCCCAAUAAGAACCUGGUCUGUGCCACCAAUGCUUCCUACCACUGUAUCCAGGAUAACUGCCCCCAUCUCCCUAAUUCUGGGCAGGAAGAUUUUGACAAAGAUGGCAUCGGUGAUGCUUGUGAUGAUGACGAUGACAAUGACGGUGUGAAUGAUGAGAAGGACAAUUGCCAGCUUCUAUUCAACCCCCAUCAAGCUGACUAUGACAAGGAUGAGGUUGGGGACCGCUGUGAUAACUGUCCUUAUGUGCACAACCCUGCCCAGAUUGACACAGACAACAACGGGGAGGGGGAUGCGUGUUCUGUGGACAUCGAUGGAGAUGAUGUCUUCAAUGAACGAGACAAUUGUCCUUACGUCUACAAUACUGACCAGAGAGACACCGAUGGUGAUGGAGUGGGUGACCACUGUGACAAUUGUCCUCUGAUGCACAAUCCUGACCAGACUGAUGUGGACAAUGACCUUGUUGGUGACCAGUGUGAUAACAAUGAAGACAUUGAUGAGGACGGUCACCAGAACAACCAGGACAACUGUCCCUACAUCUCCAACGCCAACCAGGCUGACCACGACAACGAUGGCCAGGGGGAUGCCUGUGACUCCGACGAUGACAACGAUGGCAUCCCUGACGACAGGGACAACUGCCGGCUCGUCUUCAACCCAGAUCAGGAAGACUCAGAUGGUGACGGGAGGGGUGAUAUUUGUAAAGAUGACUUUGACAAUGACAGCGUCCCCGAUAUCGAUGACGUGUGUCCUGAAAACAACGCCAUCAGCGAAACUGACUUUAGGAACUUCCAGAUGGUUCACUUGGACCCAAAGGGGACCACUCAGAUUGAUCCCAACUGGGUUAUUCGUCACCAAGGCAAGGAGCUGGUUCAAACUGCCAACUCGGACCCUGGCAUUGCUGUAGGUUUUGAUGAAUUCGGGUCCGUGGACUUCAGUGGCACCUUCUACGUCAACACGGACCGCGAUGACGAUUAUGCCGGCUUCGUGUUCGGCUAUCAGUCAAGCAGCCGGUUCUAUGUGGUUAUGUGGAAGCAGGUCACCCAGACUUACUGGGAAGACCAGCCCACCCGGGCCUACGGCUACUCCGGAGUGUCCCUCAAAGUGGUGAACUCCACGACGGGGACCGGAGAGCACCUGAGGAACGCUCUGUGGCACACCGGAAACACGGAAGGGCAGGUGCGUACGUUAUGGCAUGACCCCAAAAAUAUCGGCUGGAAAGAUUAUACAGCCUACAGGUGGCAUCUGACUCACAGACCUAAGACAGGUUAUAUAAGAGUAUUAGUCCAUGAAGGCAAACAGGUCAUGGCUGAUUCAGGACCCCUCUACGACCAGACUUACGCUGGUGGACGGUUAGGACUGUUUGUCUUCUCCCAAGAAAUGGUCUACUUCUCGGAUCUCAAAUAUGAAUGCCGAGAUGCCUAAACAAGACUUGCUGCGUUUCCAGCAAUGUACUGUACAUGCUGAGUUACCUAGACACCUCGGUGCAUCCUGGUAUUCCCAGCUUCUCUUUCUCUAGCAGCACCUCCUGUCCUCACCCUUACUCAAAGUGAUUAUUCACCUCCUGUCGUCGACUCUUAGCCCAAGUGCCUUCAGAGGAUAAAUAAUAACAGAACCCGAAGACGAACAUCCAGCCCACUACUGGAAAAACAGUUCUAUAAUAGAUGAGAAUUUAUGUGGAGUGAAAAUCGAGCAUGAUGUUACGUUGCUUUUUCUUCUUGUUUGUUUAAAAAGAUGACGUUUACAUAUAAAAUGUAAUUACUUGUUGUAUUUAUAUGUAUAUGGAGUUGAAGAGGAUACUGUGUUUAAGCCAUUAUCGUAAAUUAAGCAGGAAAAAUAUUGUUAAUCCACUUGCAGUGUUAAAGUUAUCACCAUUCUUGGAUUAGAGCUAUUCUACAAUAACACACAAAUCCUGUUAGGUCAAUUAGAUAAAAAAGAGCCAACUCAAGGUUGCAGCUAUGCCUCAAUAAGGAAGAAGUUAGAAGAUAACAACCAUGUGAGACUCUGGCCUGACAGCAGAUGAUGUAGGAAAUCAAUUAACUUGGAACAUAAAAUAAUUACAAGAAUAAAUGAUUAUAAUACUCCCCCACCCCAAUUCUCUUACAAUGGAACGCCUCAAAUUAUGCACAGAUGCAGUUUUAUCAAGAAAGGAAUAUCUUUGCAAUAUGGAUUUAACUUGGUUCCGGAUAUGAACCUGGUAAUGGCAAAACUUAAUGUAAGUAUAAGUUUAACAGAACGAAGUACCUUAGUUUAAAUUGGUCACUCUUGCUGUUUUAACAUUGAGAGAAUUCUUGGCAAUUGUCAUUUGAUUUUGCAUUCUGCUCACCAGAAUUUCUGCUCGAGCUUCUUUCCCCAUUUCCACUUCUGAAGAACGACAAGUAGGCAAAUCAGCAAAUGCACUUUGGUAUCUAAUUCCUAUUCUAGGCUUUGCAAAUUAUGGAAGUGUUGCUUUUACCUAAUUUGGUGACACAUUUCUUAAGGUUCCAGUUAUAAAUGUUUUGUUAAUAUUUAUUAAAUGAAUAUGGAAUGCAACUCCAUUCCCAAUAACUUAUUUUAAGUAUGCCAAAUAAUACGUAAGUAGUAUAAUUUCUAGAAAUAAACAUAUAACACUAUAUAAUAAUAUAUAGAUACAGUUACAGCAAAAUAUGUGCCUGUCAAAAUAUAAGGGUUUAUGAUAUAUUGUCAUAAUAAAGCAUGCUGUAAAAUGUAAUAGAAUAAAUAAAUAAUGAUGAAGAGUUUAUAAAUGGAACCUUAAUAUACAGUUGCCAAUAAUUUUAAUACAACAUUUUUUACUGCUAUCUCUCUGCUGUAUAUAGGAUUUUUUAAAAAAUUGAUUGCUUCAUACCAUAAUUUAGUCUUACCAGAUACACCAAUUAAUCAGCCAUGCAGUGAUAUUCCCAUGUUUGAGCUCUUUUUUUGCUUUAAUUUGCAUGAUCUUCCUGUAGGAUAUAUUAGUUAAUCCCAUUCCACGUAAGGGGUUUAAUAAAAGAAGAUUUUCUUGUCUGUCUGAUGUAGGGCAAAUCUUUCUCCCCUUCCUGUGAGUAGUGAUCUCAUUUUUAUGUCAAAUAGAAAGGAACCAUAACUUUGGUCUUAAUUACACACUUCAUUCGCAUUUUGAUACAAUUAUUUUGUUGCUUCCUCUGAGGUUAGUUUUUCAUUUUGUUUUGUUUUGAUGCACUUUUUUUCUGUUUUGUUUUUGUUGUUUUGUUGUUUUUGGUGUGUGUGUGUGUAACUGUAUUCCCAGGAGCAGCAAAGGGUUGGGAGACUUCAUUAAAUGUAACGAUUGUAAAGAAUGUGCAGGUUUUCUGUUUCGGUGGUGUUUGGUCAAACCAUUCAAUGGUGUGGGGAUGAUGAUGUUAAUAUUUAGAAUGUACCAUAUUUUUUUGUAAAUUAUUUAUGUUGUUUUUAAACAAACGUUUCAUACAGGUUAAUGGAAAUUCAUUUGUUUUGCCAAAGACUGUAAAUAUUUAUUUAUUUGUUCACAAGGUCAAAAUUUCACCACCGAAGUCCUACAUUUAGCUAGAGCCUCAUUUUUAUACUUUGAUGAUUAAUAACAGGAAAUAAAUUGUAAAAAGGUUUUCUGCAAA